CUCGGUGUUUGCCCUUUGGUUACCAUAGAUGUUGGUUACGAUCUGUUUCGCUAGAAAAUCUCGAGGCGCGUACAUAAGCGCCGCCUCAAGCGUGCCAUCACUAACUCACACUCCGGUACAGUAGGUGGCGAUGCAUGCAACUUUCCAUUGGUUGCGAUCCGCCAAUAAACUUGAAGAAGACGAUUUGGCGUCUACAUUUGCGCUGUUGAUUUACGUUUUCAAGACAUCAGGAACGUUUCGUGAUAUACGAACGGAAAUCAGAGUUGCUAAAAUGCAGAUGGAGGAGAAACCCAGCCUGCUGCUCUCCUUCCACACUGAGAUCAAACAAGAGUCACUGGAUUCUGAUUGUGACAGUGGAGCUCAGUGUUCAAUGGUGGAUUCAGAGAUGACAUCAGUGAAGCAGGAAGACUGCAGUCAAACUCUGGGACUGAAUGAUACCAUUAAAGAUGAAGAGGAGAAGAAUGGGGUUGUAAUUAAAAAGGAAGAGGAGGAUUUACUUAUUCAAUAUGGGAUUCCUGAAGCAACGACACUUGGAGAGAAACGCCAGGAAGUCUUCAAUGAUAAGAAGUCUCAUCACUGCCCCCAUUGUGAAAAACAUUUCUUAUCUCUAUCACUGUUAAAAAGACACAUUAAAAUACAUACUGGAGAGAAACCUUACUCCUGUUCUGACUGUGGUAAGAGUUUCUCUCAAUUAGGUGGCCUUAAAGCUCACCAGCGUAUUCAUACUGGAGAGAAACCUUACUCCUGUUCUGACUGUGGUAAGAGUUUCUCUUCAUUAUGUAGCCUUAAACCUCACCAACGUAUUCAUACUGGAGAGAAGCCUUACUUCUGCUCUGACUGUGGGAAAUGUUUUAUUACAUCACCUGAACUUACUAUGCAUCAGAGAGUGCACACAGGUGAGAAGCCUUACUCUUGUUCUGACUGUGGGAAAAGUUUCUCUCAAUUAGGUACCCUUAAAGCUCACCGUCGUAUUCAUACUGGAGAGAAACCUUACUCCUGUUCUGACUGUGCGAGGUGUUUUAAUACAUCUUCUGAACUUACUGUGCAUCAGAGAGUGCACACAGGCGAGAAGCCUUACACCUGUUCUGACUGUGGGAAGUGUUUCUCUCAGUCAAGUAACUUUAAAGCUCACCAGCGCAUACAUAAUGGAAAGAAACCUUAUUCCUGUUCUGACUGUGGAAAGUGUUUCUUUAGAUCACCUGCACUACAUAGACAUCAGAGAGUGCAUACAGGUGAUACGCCUUACUGCUGUUCUGAUUGUGGGAAGAGUUUUACUUGCUCAUCUCAUCUUACCAGUCAUAAGAGACUGCACACAGGUGAGAAGCCUCACUCCUGUUCUGACUGUGGGAAGUGUUUCUCUCAAUCAUCUAACCUUAAAAAUCACCAGCGUGUACAUACUAGAGAGAAGCCUUACUCCUGUUCUGCCUGUGGGAAUUGUUUCUCUCAAUUAGCUGUUCUUAAAGCUCACCAGCGCAUACACACUGGAGAGAAGCCUUACUCCUGUUCUGACUGUGAGAAGUGUUUUAUUACAUCAUCUGGACUUACCAAACACCAGAGAGUGCACACAGGUGAGAAGCCUUACUGCUGUUCUGAAUGUGGGAAGAGUUUUACUAGCUCAUCUCAUCUUACCAGUCAUAAGAGAGUGCACACAGGAGAAAAGCCUUACUCCUGUUCUGACUGUGGAAAGUGUUUCUUUAGAUCAUAUGCACUUACUAGACAUCAGAGGAUACAUACAGGUGAGACGCCUUACUGCUGUUCUGACUAUGGGAAGAGUUUUACUAGCUUAUCUCAUACUAAUCAUAAGACACUGCGCACAGGUGAGAAGCCUUACUCCUGUUCUGACUGUGGAAAGAGUUUCAUUAGACCAUCUGACCUUGCUAGUCACAGAAGAGUGCACACAGGUGAAAAGCCCUACUCCUGUUCUGAUUGUGGGAAGUGUUUCUCUCAGUUAUCUAACCUUAAAGCUCACCAGCGCAUACAUACUGGAGAGAAACCUUACUCAUGUUCUGACUGUGGGAAGUGUUUCUCUCAAUUAGCUGUCCUUAAAGCUCACCAACGCCUACAUACUGGAGAGAAGCCUUACUCUUGUUCUUACUGUGGGAGGUGUUUUAUUACAUCAUCUGGACUUACAAAACACCAGAGAGUGCACACAGGUGAGAAAACCUACUAAUGUUCUGACUGUGGGAAGUGUUUCUCUCAAUUAGCUGUCCUUAAAGUUCACCAGCACAUCCAUACUGGACAUUAAAAUGGAACAUUUCACACUGCAGAUUAAUAUUAAACAUUUGACAGACUUGUCCGAGUGGAUAAACAAGUGUUACCACAUCAAGUAGUCUUACUGUCUGUUGUGGAAAUUACCACAAAUAAAGAAGAUCAUUUUGAAUGCCCAAAUUGCUUUACCCCGGCACCAGGGGCACACCGGUGAUUUAUGCUAAUGUUGGCUCCAGACUAAAUUUCUCAAUUUACACAUUUGAUAUGUUGUCUUUGUACU